AUGAAAAGAAAUUGGGCGGAGCUUGUUUCAUUCAUUGAUGAACCAUUCUUGCAACGGGUUGAGCCUAUUAAUCGAAAAAUUACUUCCACUCUGCAUCAAGAGGAGCAAGAAGAUCCAAUGAAGAAGAAAUCAAACACAAUUUUUUACACUCACAUCCCACAAAAACUCUCACGAAAAGGUCUCACUCCUGAACAAAUUACCAAGCUUAACUUUGAUAAGUCCCAAUUGUUGGAGGAAAUUUUACAAGCUUUCGUACAACGUGGGUCUACGAUGGAAAGAGCUGCAAAGGAAAUACUGGCCGAGAUUCAAUUUUCUUUUAUAUGCCUUCUUCAUGGUCAAUGCUUGCAUGGGCUAAAUCAAUGGAAAAAACUCGUGCACUUGUUUUGCAACUGUGAGGAUGCUCUAUUAGAGCACAAUGAGGUUUUUAUUUCAUUUGUUAGUGUUUUAAGAUGUCAAUUUGAAAUGCUUCCCAGAGAUUUCAUUCAAGAUAUGGUAGAACAUGAUUUUGAUCCCAAUGAGGAGCAAUUGUUGGAGAUGACAUCAUCCUCAAGCUGCUCCUCAGAAACCAAAGAGCAGCCUCAACGAAACCAAAAGUCGAAAGUAAGCAAACGAGACCACUUUCUUCAAAAAACUCUUCUUCAGCUCUUUCUCACUGUUAAAUCUAUCGAAGAUGAUGAUGAUGAGAUAAAGCCAGCAUCUUGGUUUUUAUUUUGUAAAAUUAUUGGUAAAUUCAAAGAAUUUUUGGAACAAGAGUUUGAAGGUUGUAAGGACAUGUUGCACGAGGACGAAGAAGACGAACCUGUAUAUGUAUACAAUUAA